UGCAUUGGCCGCCAUAACGCGAGUGGAGCAUCGCGCGCUAGUUAUAAAAGGUGCGUUGCAAUCGUCGUUGUGGAACAAGGAAGAGGACUUCAAAGACUGAAACUUUUAGAAGUUAAAGAUGUCACCCAAAGUAAAUUAAGUUCUACGUCCUCGUACAAGCUGCAUCUCAAAGAAAGAAGAAUUUAAAAGCUGAAGAACUGUUCAUAGAAAAGACUAAUUAAUUAACGAGUUAGCUUAGAUUAAUCAAGUGUUCUCUCGAGCGGUGCCGUGAAGGCAGGUGUCCAGAACUGAAAAAUGACGUCACUGAAAGCUGUUGCCCGCUUCCUGUUUUGUCUGAUCGUCUGCUUCGCCGUAGUCAAGGCUAACUUUCAGCAUUUACGAGUUCCAAACACAGACAUCUACAGACUUCUCCUCCUGGCUGAGACUCUCCAGAACAACCACCAGAACAGGUACCAGCCCAGUGGCAUCAAGCGUACCGGCUACUCCCUCCACAAGCUCCCCAGCACACGAGACAGCGCUGAAGGUCCAGAAGACCCCCUGGCGGACGUCAGCGUCAACCCUCUGUGGUACAUGCGCUACGCCUACAAAACACCGUGGCGUGGCUCGUACGACAGCGUGUACGACGACGACGACGACGACACUGGGAUGGGGAAGAGAUUCUUUGAUUCUUUAGGUGGAUAUGAAGUUCACGGGUUCAAAAAGCGGAGCACGGAUAAUGUGUUAGAUAAAAGCAACGAUAUGCUGCAUCCUGAAGGUUCGGCUGGUUCGAGGACAAAAAGAUCUAGUGUUGACGUAGAUGCAAAAAGUGAGAUGCAAGAUCUUGAUUCUAUGAAUCGACAAAAACGACAGCUUGACAGUUUAUGGGAUUUCCACGUUCAUAGGUGGAAAAGGGACGGAGAAAAGAGAAACCUUGAUUCCUUGGGGGAUUUCCAAGUUCAUGGUUGGAAAAGGGACGGAGAAAAACGUAAUUUAGAUUCCUUAGGCGAUUUCCAAGUUCAUGGUUGGAAAAGGGACGGAGAAAAACGUAAUUUAGAUUCCUUAGGCGAUUUCCAAGUUCAUGGUUGGAAAAGGGACGGAGAAAAGCGUAAUUUAGAUUCCUUGGGGGAUUUUCAAGUUCAUGGGUGGAAAAGGGACGGAGAAAAGAGAAACCUUGAUUCCUUAGGGGAUUUCCAAGUUCAUGGGUGGAAGAGGGACGGAGAGAAACGUAAUUUAGAUUCCUUAGGGGAUUUCCAAGUUCAUGGGUGGAAAAGGGACGGAGAAAAGAGAAACCUUGAUUCCUUAGGGGAUUUCCAAGUUCAUGGGUGGAAGAGGGACGGUGAGAAACGUAAUUUAGAUUCCUUAGGGGAUUUCCAAGUUCACGGGUGGAAAAGGGACGGAGAGAAACGUAAUUUAGAUUCUUUGGGGGAUUUCCAAGUUCAUGGGUGGAAAAGGGACGGAGAAAAGAGAAACCUUGACUCCUUGGGGGAUUUCCAAGUUCAUGGUUGGAAAAGAGACGAGGGCAAUCGAACAAAAAGAAAUACUGAUAGUUUAUCAGAGUCCCAGGUACAUCGGUCGAAAAGGGAUGCAAGCAAACGAAACUUGGAUUCGUUGGGGGAUUUCCAAGUUCAUGGGUGGAAAAGGGACGGAGAGAAACGUAAUUUAGAUUCCUUAGGGGAUUUCCAAGUUCAUGGUUGGAAAAGGGACGGAGAGAAACGUAAUUUAGAUUCCUUGGGGGAUUUUCAAGUUCAUGGGUGGAAAAGGGACGGAGAAAAGAGAAACCUUGAUUCCUUGGGGGAUUUCCAAGUUCAUGGUUGGAAAAGGGACGGAGAGAAACGCAAUUUAGAUUCCUUAGGGGAUUUCCAAGUUCAUGGUUGGAAAAGGGACGGAGAGAAACGUAAUUUAGAUUCCUUGGGGGAUUUUCAAGUUCAUGGGUGGAAAAGGGACGAAGAAAAGAGAAACCUUGAUUCCUUAGGGGAUUUUCAAGUUCAUGGUUGGAAAAGGGACGGAGAGAAACGUAAUUUAGAUUCAUUGGGAGAUUUCCAAGUUCAUGGUUGGAAAAGGGACGGAGAGAAACGCAAUUUAGAUUCCUUGGGAGAUUUCCAAGUUCAUGGGUGGAAAAGGGACGGAGAGAAACGUAAUUUAGAUUCAUUGGGAGAUUUCCAAGUUCAUGGGUGGAAAAGGGACGGAGAGAAACGCAAUUUAGAUUCCUUGGGAGAUUUCCAAGUUCAUGGAUGGAAAAGGGACGAAGAAAAGAGAAACCUUGAUUCCUUAGGGGAUUUCCAAGUUCAUGGGUGGAAAAGGGACGGAGAGAAACGUAAUUUAGAUUCCUUAGGGGAUUUCCAAGUUCAUGGGUGGAAGAGGGACGGAGAGAAACGUAAUUUAGAUUCCUUAGGGGAUUUCCAAGUUCAUGGGUGGAAGAGGGACGAGGUUACCAGCAAAUCACCAAAUAAAACUAGUUGAUUGGGCUUCAUGUCUUAAAAUAAUAAUCUGUACAAACUGUUAUUUAAGGACUACAACAUACGAGCAACAAAAAUUUUAAAAUAAGUUAUUAUGUAAAUCUCUAUUUACUUCACUUUGUAGGUCCUCUAAACUGUUAUUGAAGAUUGUGAUGAUUUUAAAAGGUUAAGUACCUGUAAAACAAAAUUAUAGUGCACCAAUAUAAUUUUGUUUAUGUUAUUCAGAUUUGACAAUAAAAUUUUCGAAUUUAAAGAUUUC